CUGAAAUGGGCAUUAAAUAAUCAAUAAUUGUAAUUAUAAACCACUUACUCCAAACUAGUUAUAACACAUAACACAACAUUGAAUUAAUAAAAUAAGAUACGUACCGCUAAAAAUUUUGGAAUGCUAUUACUUUAUGAGCCUUGAAAUCGCAUAUUUGUUAUUGGAAAAAACUUAUAAUAUUUAAAAACAAUGGAUGAUGAUGAUGAUGUACCGAGGCUGUCUGCGGAAACAUUUGCAGCUCUUCAAGAGUUCUAUGCAGAACAGAAAAAAAGAGAGGAAAUCUUGAGUAAAUUGGAAGCUGACAAUAAACUGGGCGAGAAAAUUAUAUUUGAAGAAAAUUGGCAAUUAAGUCAGUUCUGGUAUGAUGAGGAGACAGUGCGAAUCCUUGUGAAUGUUAUUGACAAAGUAUUGGCUGAUGAUGGAAGAGUUGCGCUCAUCUCCUGUCCCACAUUGUUUGUGCCACUUAAACGACAGAUUGGAUACAGAGCAUCAGUUACGCUUUUGGAAUAUGACAGACGAUUUGAAGUACACGCACCCAACUUUGUAUUCUACGAUUAUAACCAUCCAGACAAGUUGCCACCAGAGAUGCACAGUAGUUAUGACUUAGUUGUUGCUGAUCCACCGUUCCUCUCAGAAGAAUGUGUUACAAAAACAUCGCAGACCAUCAAAUUACUAGCUAAAGAUAAAAUAGUGUUUUGUACAGGAGCAAUAAUGAGGGAGUUGGUGGAAAAACUUUUAGAUUUAAAAUGUUGCCAGUUCCAGCCACAUCAUAGGAACAAUCUUGCAAAUGAGUUUUCAUGUUAUGCUAAUUUUGAUUUAGAUGCCUUGAUAUAAGGAUAUAGGUGUAAGAAAAGAAAGAACUAAAUUACUCAAGGCACUCAGAGAUAUUUAACGAUUACUUAAACUGUUCUUAGUGUGGACCUCUCAUAGGCAUCACAUAAUGACAGUUUGUAAGUUUUAUAAAAUAUGAUUACAAUUAGGUAUAAGGUUGUAAAGUUGUUUUUUUUGUAAAU